AUGGCACCGGUACAGAAUCUUCUCACAAUCUCAGUCCAGGGCUCAACCUGGUCGAUUGGAACUGGAGUAGAGUUGGAGAAGUCAAAGUCCAACAAUCCCCUGAGAAGUCGAAAUACCCAUCUUGGACAUGACCUUGAGCAAACCAUCAUCAAUGGCAUGCUUGUAGUUACCAAGAACUUGAUCAUCGGUCAAGUUACCGGCCAAAAGGCCUUCAUUGUUCAAUCUGACCAAUGUGUCCAUGGCGAGGUAUGGGUUGAUGGCAUCAGCACCAUAACCGACCAAACAACAGAUGUGGUGAACUUCUCUAGCUUCAGCGGUUUCCAAGAUCAAAGCAACCUUGGCACGUUGCUUUUGUCUCACAAGGUGGUGGUGAACAGCACCACAGGCAAUCAAAGAGCUGACAGGAACCCUUUCGGCACUGGUGUUCUUGUCAGAAAGAAUAAUAAUUUGGUGGUCGUCAACAAUUGCCUGAGUAGCUUCUUGACAGAUUCUGUCCAAGGCGUCGGUGUAACCAGUCAAACUUUCAGACUUGUCGAAGGUGAUGUCGAUGUUGGCAACAGACCAUUUUGGAUAAACCUUGUUGAUCUCUUUCAAUGCGGCAAUUUCAUUGUUCAAGAGAACUGGAGAAGGCAUCAAAAGUCUAUUACAUUGCGAUGCAUUCAUCUCCAGAAGGUUUCCUUGAGGACCAAUGUAGCACUCAAGAGACAUGACAAUUCUCUCUCUGAUAGGGUCGAUAGGAGGAUUUGUGACUUGAGCAAACAGCUGUCUGAAAUAGUCGAACAUCAGUCUUGGCUGUUCGGCAAGACAAGCAAGAGCGGCGUCGUUACCCAUGGAUCCAAGAGCCUCUUUACCAGCAGUUCCCAUUGGUCCAAGCAGAGUAACAACUUGUUCUUGGGUUUCAACGCUCUUGCCUUCAAGCUUGGUGAAGAGUUCCGGCAUGGUGAUCAUGUUGGACAGAAUCCAUGCUUUGAAAUCGAAUCUGGCAGCAACUUGCUUCUUCAGUUCCUUAUCGUCCACAAUUCUUCCUUCCUUGGUGUCAACCAAAAGCAUUCUUCCUGGUUGCAAUCUGCCCUUCUCCACAAUUUUGUUGGUCUCAAUUGGGAUCACACCGACUUCGGAAGCACAGAUCAUUCUGUUGUCAUCGGUAACGUAAUAUCUACAAGGUCUGAGACCGUUUCUGUCGAGGUUUGCACCACAGAAUCUUCCGUCAGCAAAGGUGAAAAGAGCUGGACCAUCCCAUGGCUCCAUCAAGCAAGCAGCCCAUUCCUGACCUUUGUAAACGAUGUUUUUGUUGGUCAAAGAACAAAUGUAGAACCAGUUGUGGAGACCAAUGGUGUGGGUGGAUUGCUUUCUGAGGAUGUAAAGCUUCUUUUCGAAAGUUUUCUCGAAUUUGGACUCAAACUCUUCAGGGGUGUAAGCAGUUUUUGGCUUGUUACCUGGGCCGUAAACUUCCUCGAGAACCACAAGAGGCUGCAGAAUGAGAGGUUCUCUGGAAGAGGCAGCAGGACCCAGAAUGGAGGAGUCGACAGGAACGUUUCUCCAGCCAAGGACUCUAAGUCCCAAGCUCGAAGCGAUGUUUUCGAAAGUGCUUUUGGAUUUCUGGAAAACGGUCUCGUCUUUCUUGAAGAACAAGUUUCCGACAGCAUAUUGUCCACUAGGAGGAAGUUCAACUGA